CUCGCAGGAGGUGGAGGUUUGCCGCUCGCCGAACGUCUGUCAGCUCCAACAGUUUGCUGUCACCGGCUAGUGAGGUUGCAGGUUGUCAUCUCCUCUGCAAUGAAGGACUUCCACUCCAGCGUCGUGACUAUGGACUGAAGGUAAUCCAGAGUGACUCACGUUGACAGCUGAUGGUAAGUGUUUAUUUAUUUUUUUCUUCUCCUGACGUGAGUCAUUAUUUCUCAGCAUUCCUUCACUCCACCUCCGCCUCUCGUGCCUUUCUGACUCCCUCCCUCUCCAGGCUGUUGUUUAUUUUACCCCGCAUGUACCUGCUUACUUUUCAUUUGUGCUGCGUUUUGUGAUCCUUGAGGGAACCUGGAUCCAACUUGUUUUCCUUUUAUCGCUUUGUAUUUGCUCGUGAAACAUUGGCCUCUUUGAAAGUGGAAUGAUUCAAGGACCAAGGCAGCCUGUCUGAUACAGUGUUCAUAUUAUUCUUGAAAUCUGCCCACAUUAUUUCCCACGCAAAAAAAAAAUACGUUUAAAAUGUUUUCAAGGACCCCGCCCCUAUUUUGCACACAGAUUUUGGUGCAGAGAGGCAGAUGAUUGCUGUUCAGCCGGCAGUCUGUUUAGUAUGCAUUCCGACGUUUUCAACCAUUUAAUUUAAAUUUCAAAGAUGCAAAUGUCACAAGUGGAAGGGAAAAUGAGUGUCCCGCCUCUCAUAAUCCAUCUCCUCUCUCUGUCUGCUAGACCAGCAGGGCGACUCGUUCCUGCAUAGAAGCUGCAUGCUCCCAAUGUGGAUCCAUCCCUCUGAGCCGAUCCAACCCUCCACCAGACCCCCACCUCCACAUCCACCUCCACUGUCUCUACUGUACUCUGCUGUGUUCCCUAGUCUUCUGUACCUUGGUCAUUGUCCCAGUCUGACUGCGCAUGUCUUGCUGAUAGAGAGGGACGUGUUUGCUGACCGUUUAAUAGGACAAUUCUUCCCCGCUAUUCAUGCAAGGUCAGCGGGGCCACGUGCAGCAGGGCGAUGACACUCAAAGGGGGCCAGAGGGGGCGGGCCCCAGUUCAGGUCCUGGAACUGCGGGAGAAGCAAGGGGCUCACAGGGUCCGGGCUUGAAAAGGGCCUCAUCCCAGUCAGAGCCCCCCUCCUUCAGUAAGAUGAGCCAGAACGCCAGGGAGAGCGUUGGGGUUCUUGGACAGGGACUGAAACAACUGUUCCAGCAGCAGCGUAAACGCCUCUCCUUCUCUCGCUCCGCCAUCCCCCCCUCCUCGUCUUCCUCCUCCUCGUCCUCCUCUGUCGUGUCGGCAGGUGGCGCCUUCCCCGCUGCCCCCGAGGAUGCCUCGGGGCGCCCCUGCCCUGAAUGUGACCACCUCUCUGCUCCUGUGGUUCCCUCUGCAGCUGGCCGGGGCUCCGGCGCCGCGGGCACCAUGAGGCGCGGGACGAGCCUGCAGAGCCGGCGCAGCAAAGGGUCCGGGAGCGGAGACCGCGACCCUCUCCUGAGGGGCAGCCCCCAGGCCCCGCACCGCCGCCACACCCACGACCCGCAGCAGCACACCAGCCGGCCACGCUCCUCCUCCACCAGCGACACCAGGCCCAGCAGCCCCAAGCCCGGAUACACCGGAGGCGAUGUGGUGCUGUCGUCCGGGUACCAGUCCACGGAGGAGACGGACAGGAUCGACCGGCUGGAGGUGAGCGGGCUCGUCCAGGCGCCCCUGGCCGUGUCGUGCGCGGCGGACGGUUCGUUCCCGGGCGGCGAGGACGGGACCCCCGACCCUCAGCGCACGAGGCAGGCGAUCGCCCAGCUGCAGCAGAAAAUCCUCAAGCUCACCGAGCAGAUCAAGGUCGAGCAGACGGCCAGGGACGACAACGUGGCAGAGUACCUCAAACUGGCCAACAAUGCUGACAAACAGCAGAGCUCGCGCAUCAAACAGGUUUUUGAGAAAAAGAACCAGAAGUCGGCGCAGAGCAUCCACCAGCUGCAGAGGAAACUGGAGCAUUACCACCGGAAGCUGCGGGAAGUGGAGCACAACGGCAUCCCGCGGCAGCCCAAGGACGUCCUGCGGGACAUGCAGCAGGGCCUGAAGGGCGUCGGAGCCAAGGUCACGGGCUUCAGCGAGGGCGUGGUGGACAGCGUCAAGGGCGGCCUCUCCAGCUUCUCCCAGGCCACCCACUCCGCCGCCGGGGCCGUGGUCUCCAAACCCCGGGAGAUCGCCUCGCUCAUCCGCAACAAAUUCGGCAGCGCCGACAACAUCCCGUCGCUCAAAGACUCCCUGGACGACCCGUCGGGGGAGGAGGGCGUGGCGGAGGGAGCCCAGGGAGCGUCCGCCGGGCACCACCUCCAGCCGAGCCCCAGGUACGGCAGCGAGGACGACUGCUCGAGCGCCACGUCGGGCUCGGCGGGGGCCAACAGCACCACGGGGGCUCCCGGGGGCCCCCCGAGUUCCAAGGGCAACACGCUGGAGAGGAGCCAGAGCUCCAGCCUGGAUAUGCUGCUGCAGGAGGUGCAGGAGCUGAGGGAGGGCCAGGCCAGGCUGGAGGAGAACCUGGACAGUCUGAAGAGCCACUAUCAGAGAGACUUCACGGUUGUUAUGCAAGCUCUGCAGGAGGAGCGCUUCAGGUGUGAGCGUCUGGAGGAGCAGCUGAACGACCUGACGGAGCUUCACCAGAACGAGAUCCUCAACCUGAAACAGGAGCUGGCCAGCAUGGAGGAGAAGAUCGCCUACCAGUCCUACGAGAGAGCCCGAGACAUCCAGGAGGCGUUGGAGGCGUGUCAGACCCGGAUCUCUAAGAUGGAGCUGCAGCAGCAGCAGCAGCAGGUGGUCCAGCUGGAGGGGCUGGAGAACGCCACGGCCCGGACCCUCCUGGGGAAGCUGAUCAACGUGCUGCUCGCCCUCAUGGCCGUCCUCCUGGUCUUCGUCUCCACCGUGGCCAACUGCGUGGUGCCGCUGAUGAGGACGCGCUCCCGCUCGCUCUCCACCCUGCUCCUCGUCCUCCUGCUGGCCUUCCUGUGGAGGAACUGGGAGGCCCUCUCCGGGUUCACGCACCGCGCCCUGCUGCCGCCGGGGUGAGCGCGCCCGCCGCUACCGGUGUCACCCGGUGAUGCAGCUUUAGCCCGCGCAGGACGUUUGAGGGGGCCGCGCCCGCCGCCACCUCCUUCUAGUGCGCUCGGCCCGCGCACGCUGGUAGGACGGCGCGGAGUCGAGAACAAUCGAUUUUCUUUCAGGAAGAACGAGACUGUUUACAUUUCUGAAAAUGAACUUUGAUGUCGCUGCUCCUCAGAAUGCAGUUUUUAUCCUUUAAUCAAAUGUAAUGUUAUUAUCUCUAAUAAUAUUAUUUUAUUAUUGUCAACGUUAUUUUAUUCAGUACCAUGUAGCAUCACGCUCCUCUCACUACACGACGGGGAGCGUGAGUCAGGAAACCGGGCCGGCGAUUUGCUCCAAAGGCCCGGUCCAAUUGUAGAGACAUGCAAAUGUGGUGAUGUGGUUGAUUGCCUUCAGGUGGAGAACGCGGCUGAAAAAGAAACCUUCCUGGGAGUUGCUCCUUUUCUUGCUGUGAUGAAAUCUGUUCAUACAGAAUAUUUUUUUGAGACGACCGGAGACUUUUUUGCGCUUCACCAUUUCUAAUCAUGUGCUUUUACUUAUUUCUUUUUUGUAUACUAUUAUUAAAACAAGAAAAACUGUUUCCCUGGGGAAAUAACAGACAGAACGGGCCGGCUUCAAUGGGCUCCUCGCCAUGGUAACGGCACAUAAACACACGCACAACAUCUGGUCAUUGUUUAGCCUCUGCCAUAUUUGUGUAUCUAAUGCAAUGACGAAAACGACCGCUGUCCCAGAAAAGAACGGAAUGAGUUUGCCAGGUUUAAUGGUCUCCCACUACCUGCCAUGUUUGAUGUUUGAGGUGAGCAGGGAGAGCCCUGCUGGUCCAGCUCCACCUCAGCUGGGGCGCUGCUGCUUUGUAUCCACAGUGCAAGUCAUCUCCACGUCGUGUCAGGUCCUCCUCACCCAGUGCCAAGGGACGGAUGAAAGACAAGGGUUGCUCAGCCGGUGUUGUCCUCUAGUCAGGAAUGUCAAGGAUGCAUCUCUUAUUUGAUCAUCUCCCCCCUCUAGAUCUUCAGAUGUGUGUUUCUGGACCCCGAGAGCAGUUCCUCGGUCUUUCGUCAAUUCUUCCUCUCAUCGAGUCGAGGACACGACAUUUCGUGAUGAGAAGCUUAUUUAACGACUGGUUUCUGAACGGCUGCACAGCUGCACUUUAGCUCGAGGCGAGAUGCUCUGAAGGGACACUCACUGUUAGGACAGAAGGGAGUUGUCUCCAGUCAGGGUCGCUGUCAUCCUUGUCUGGAGAUCCCCCCCCUCCCCCCCCCUCCCUCCCCCCAACUAAGAGGAUCCAAGCGCCUCUGCCUGCUGAAAUGUUGUUUAAGUCGAUCCCUUUUCGGGUCGAGCGUGCAAAUGAAAUGGUAGAUUUCAUUGAUCUGUUUCAAUACGUCUUCCACUGCGAGAAGGAGCUGACCUUUUGACCUUGGAGUAACACUUAACGAUGUCUGGGGGGGGGGGGGGUAGGAUUGUGUGCUAUGCCACCCCAGUGCCUUCUGAUGUUUUUUUGUAAGUGUGGAAUAAAUAAAGUGCAUUCCCAAACUAACUGCUGAGC